GAUUUUUGAUUAUUUCUUUCCAUUACGCAAUCGCGCUGCCCGUCCCCGAAGUGAUGCGAUUUUACGAUACGUUAUAGGCGGGAAUCCUAUUAUCGUUGAGUCAUCCCAUCCUCGUGAAAACGGUCAUCGGUCUCGUCCGCGCGCUUACGCCGUCAUCCCGUUCACCUCCUUCGCGUUCCACCGUCUGAUGGACGAGGGCGAGUAGCAGUGGAGUGUUCGUAGAAAUACAAUAGUGUUCGAUACGGUUACGGUGCAGCACGUUAGGUGGAGUCAAACGUUUGCUGUCCGAUCACACACGCUCACCCGUUGGAAACCACCCGUUGCCGCUGUUAUUCUUCCCUUCAUCUUCUCGGCGACAUUUAUCCUCUCUUCCGGCGCUGUUUUUCUGUCUCGCCAUGGCCGCGUUUAACGUGCUCAUCAUCACUGUCGUCUGCCUGCUCGCACUGUUUGGCCCCACUUCCAUCUCCUCCGACAAAGGCAGUAGUGACCCAUCUAACCUGGGUUCCGGCAAGAAGCAUCUGGGCGGCAAAGGCCCGAUCGAAGGCAACCCAACGCUGAAAUUCUUUUAUUGUUAUUCGUGUGGUUAUCAAAAAGCAUUUGACCACUAUUCAAGUAUUCUUAGUGAAAAAUACCCAGAACUUCACAUUAUAGGAGCAAAUUAUGAUCCUUCAAUGAUACAUUUAAUUAUAGCAAAAAUAUUGAGUGUUCUAAAAAUGUUGAUUAUUAUUGCCAUUAUUUCUGGUGUCAACUUUUUUGAUUACAUCGGCAAACAGCAACCAGAUUGGUGGGGAUGGUGUACAUCAAAUAAAAUUUAUGCAUGUCUUGUUGUGUUCUUUGGUUCGAACAUGUUGGAAGGGAUGUUAAUUUCAACAGGUGCAUUUGAGUUGCUUUUUAAUGAUAUACCUGUAUGGUCAAAAUUGGAGACCGGAAGAAUUCCUCAACCCGCUGAAUUGUUCCAAAUAAUUGAUAACUAUUUAUUGUUCGAUAGCCCAUAUCCUUCAUAAAUAUUAUGGUAUAGCAUUUUUUUUUUUUUUAA